AACUUGGAUCGACUCAAAGAAGCCAUUGAUUACUUCGAACUCAAUAACCCCGAGAGUCCUGAACUCAUGAAUGUGGGAGGCAAUUGUAUCGAAAGGGAAUUCAGACAAUUGCUGUCCAGACAUAGUGUAGCCGUUCCUCCCAUUCUUAUCUAUGAUUUGGUUCACGAGGAGGACAGUCAGGACACGGGAGAGGCCGACAAAACCAUUUUAGAGCAGUUGCCGGAGAAAGCGAAGGACGAGUUGAAACAAUUGGCUGAAUGGCUGUGUGUUAACAAAAACGAUGACUUCAUUACAGUUUACGCUAACCUCCGCUCAGAAGUACUCUUCAAA